AUGUCUUACAAUGAGAACGAUCUCCAAGCUGCGGCUCAGUCUAAGCCAUCCUCUGUCCCUAUAAGCGACGCCAUCUCCGAGGCUGUAGAAGCCUUCGCUGUGGCCGAACGACGCCGCAACUUCCACUUCCUGGCGCGCACCAGCCACCACUCCAUGAAUGGGGAAGACUUCUCCGUCUACCGCGCGGACCCAGAGAGCAUCGAGAAAGGCUUGUGCAGGUGGAAAGUGGACCCUUCUCGAUUUGCCGGAAGUACUUGGUACACCUUCUUCCAACCACUUUCUCGCGGCCUCAAAGAUACUGUUCCCCUGCGCUACAAGAUGGAUGGGCAGGUGAUGGCAAUCGUUUCCGAGAUCGCGCCGACUCCCGUUGCGAGGGCUUCGUCUGCUUCCCGGAACAGUCAUGAGGUUGGGCAGCAUAACGAUGAGGCUACCCCGGUCUCUGUCCUUGACGCAGGAAUCGAUAUCCAGUGCGAUAGCAUCGAGGUCUUCGAUGUGGAGGAUACUCAGUGUUGGAUGCCUCUGUGCGUCUGGAUGAGGAAGAAGUACGAGUGGCACGAUGACAGGGACUGGACGCAGCAAGGAGGUCGUCAACUCCAGCACGAGAACCAGGUCAUUUGGUGGAAACACAACGGCAAGCACUUCAAGUUCUUGGAUCUCCCUAGGGAGGUUAGAGAUUUGGUAUAUUUGGAGAGCCUUGGACCCAUCAUCCUACCCACAAUCAGCAUUCGCGCAUUUGCCGAUUUCAUUGUCACAUUUGGACAUGGUGUCACUUAUGGCCCCAAGAACCGUCCCGGCGCGAAACUCGAUCCAGAUGUCGACCAUCCGAACACACCACUGUUAUUGGUGAACCGACAGGUUCACGACGAGGCUGUGAGCACAGUCUUAUCGAUGUCAACCAAACGCUUUCGCUCCUGCUCUAGUUUUGCCAGCUUCGGCAUACGUAGCCGAGUCAGCGCUCCAAAGUUACCAUUGAGACGCGUUCAGCUAGAGCUGUCCGCAGCUGGCUACUUCGCACUAAUUGGUAUACGCCCUCGACCAGGUGUGCCAUGGGCAGAUAGCUCCGCUGAGAUGUCCCUAAACUGGUUGAAGAUGCUUCCAGAUAUGGCACACCUUGACCUCCGUUUCAUCAGCCCAAACCACCCGGACGCACGGUGUCCUUGGGGUGCCCUCGCCUUGGCGCAUGGCACCUCUGCCGACCAUUCGUGCCAGAAGAUAUGGAUUGAUUACUUCUUCACCUUUGCACUGGAGCACAUUAUUGGAUGGAAGGUCCGCAUUACAAUGAGUGGCUGCAUUAAGGAUUCCACGCGUGCUAAGUGGGAGCCAAUCCUCAAGCAAGCGCGGGACAAUGAAGUCAAAGAUAUGGUGGCUGAAAAGGCGGUUAUCCGGCUGGGCAAGCCCAUCGCGUGCUCCUGCACUGUCCCGUGCUAUAGUCGGAAUCCACAGAAUGAGCGAGAUUAUUUCAGCUUCUCAGACUAG